AUGUUGAGCUCCAAGCACAUCGGCGCUGAAGAAUCGCUUCAUCAGCCCGGUUCGGUGAUCCAUUGGGUGUUGGUGAACGAUGGAACUGUGCAAUGGCCUCAUGGUACCACCCUUCGUUUGGUGAGCGGUCCCGUGUUGGCAACGCCCAUCAUGGAAGUACCUUCAGCUGCACCGGGGCAGACCUUGGAAGUGGAUUUGGAGCUGGAUGUGAAGGCAGAAGGACAUGCAGCUUACGCUUUGGUGACGCCUUGUGGUCAGCCUUUUGGGGAGAUUCUCCAAUUCCAUGUGGAGAAGAAGGACGAAGUAGAGAUUUCUUCGUGUGUCAUUCUGAAAGCUCCCGAGAGCUGCAUGGAAGGGCUUCAAGGAGAGGUGAAGACGUUGCAAUGGACUUUGGCCAACAUGAGCAAUGUCAGUUGGCCAGCAGAUGCGUGUUGCCAGCUCUUCUACAACACGCCAGGCUUUGCCAAGUUGCCAAGCGACAUCGACAUUCCUCAAGAAGUCCCUGGUGGCUUGACGGUUGAGAUGGAAGUUCCAGUCCUUUUGCCCGAACAGUCCGGCCAUUUCAAAGCGAUGUGGGCUAUUUUCAGUCCCAGUGUGCCCACCUUUGGAGAGAUUCUGAUCGCUGAGUUUGAGGUCAGUGAUUUCCCCUUCAUGGAGUGGAUGCUGGUGGCGGAUGAAGUCGAGAGCUUCGCAAGUUCUGAAACCCAAUCCGAGACCCAGUCCAGUCCAACUCCAUGCUCACCACGUCCCAUCUCAGCAGAACACUUGAUGCACCAGCACAUUUUUGUUGGAAACCAAGAAGUGGUCUACCCAGAAGAGAUGGAGCGGAAUGGAUUUGUAUCCUUGGGAAAGAUUUCUGGUGCAGGCUCAUGGAUUCUUCAGAUGAUUCUUCGCAAUGAUGGCACCAUGGCAUGGGAAGAUUGUGCCUUGACCUGUUGCUUCGGCAGCGGCUUCGGUUGCAGCCGCCUUGGAAACGUGGAAGCUGAACCAGGAGAAGCUGUGCAGCUUUGUGUGGAGUUGACGGUUGAGACUCCUGGGACAUCAGCCUGGGUGCUAAGCUUUGGUGGCAUGUGUUUCGGACCUGUCUUCAUUGCAGAGGUCGUCUGA